CACGAUCGCACCAUUGGAGACAUGGAGAAGAAAUUUCGAUUCGAAUCGGUCCUUGUGUCGCUCGACCGGCUUACCUAGAGCAGCUGGCCUGAGGGCGCUGCUUGGCCGAUUUCUAUUUAAAAGAGCUUAGCAUAAGUCGCAAUCUGCGUCUCUGCUAAAGUGUCGAAAAGGAGUUGAUCAACAUGAAGCACGCUGGAAUAUUGAUGCUUCUCUUGUCGGUGGUCGUCUUUGCCGGUGCCGCCCCGGACAGGUGUUGCCUGAAGGAAGAGAGCGGCGUUGGGAAAGCUGCCAUCCCGAUGUAUUACUUCGACGCCGCGAGCGGUGAAUGCAAAACAUUCAUGUUCGGCGGUCUGAAGAUCAUGGUCAACGACAACCGAUUCGCAUCAGCUGAGGAAUGCAUGGAGAAUUGCGGAGGCAAGAAAUGUUCCUAACUAGGAUUUAUCCGUGGGGAUGACUAGACCGCCGAAUUUUCGGACCGACGAAAUCCCAGUGCUUCCUAUGUAAUGAGGGAUGUGAUGAAUCGGGACCUCCUACGAGCUGAGCAUUAAAAAUAGAAUACUCGGUUUUCCUAAAUAGUUCUCUAACGCUCGAAUUAAAUAUAAUAAUAAUAAUCUAUUAAAUCUAAUUCUCCGUGUUCAAGCGAUGAGACCUGUUC